AUGGAGGAGAAGCUAAUUGAAGCCGUACGUGUUCGCAAAGUACUGUAUGAUACAAGCCAUGAAGAUUAUUUGAAAACGAAGCUGAAAGCUGAGAAGUGGGAGGAAGUGGCCAAGGAAACGGACAUACGAAGUGGUGUUGAAGCGAAGGCGUUGUGGGAGAAAUUGAGACAUUCGCUGAGAGAUGCUCUCAGAAGACAGCAAAAAUCCAUGAAAAGUGGGGCACCGGCUGAAUCGGUUAAAGAAUGGAAAUUUCAAAAGCAGAUGGGUUUUCUACAACCAUAUAUGGCCAAUAAAGCACGAGAGGGGAACCUUAUCGAAUGCAAUGACGAUAGUGAAACAACACCACAAACUUUUGCCACUGAUAGUCCAACUGAUGUAGUCGACGAGGGUGAGGAAUCACUGAACAUGCAGCAGGGAAUCACAAGUGCUCGGGACGAUCUUCAGUCACGGGCACUUCCUGAAAUUUCACCCCCGCCAGAAGAACCGACAUCAGCAAAAAAAAUUAAGAAAGACACUAUUGCUGGAUUACUCAAACGAAGCAUUGAACAACAUGAAGAACGAAGAAAAUCGAGAUCAGAGGAAAGAAGAAAUCUGUUGGCACAAACGAGUGCUCCAAGUGAUCCUCUGUACCACUUCUUCAUGUCAAUGUACCAGAUGACCAGACGCAUGCCACCGUCAUCUCAGUAUGUCGUCAGAAAUGACAUUUUCCGUGUGGUUACAGAAAUGGAGGCCUCGUUGCUGAACAUUCCCACAUACCAUCUUCCAGAAGCAAGGUACAGGAUAUUUAUUAAAAGUGAUGAUACUGCUUUGAUCGUCCAGGAUCAGAGCUUUAGGGAAACUGAACCAACACUAACAUCAGACCUGAAGAAGCUGCACGCACACAUACACAAGGUUUGA